GACGCACCUGGGAAACAUCAGUUAAUAUCCGACAGAAGCCUCAUGUACACAAAUGGAGUUGUUCCAGGCAAUAAGUUUAUUCAGACGACGAAAAUACGAGGAAUGUGGGAAAAUUUGCACGAAUCUUCUUCGAAGGAGUCCUCUAGACCAGAGCGUGUGGGUGCUGAAAAUGCGAGCCUUAACUCUACAAUUGUACGUGGAUGACAUAGAGAGCGAGGAGGAGGGCAUUGCCGAGAGUUUACUCGACAAUUACAUGAUUGCUUCAAUGCCGCGGCCUGGAACUUCGUUGAAGAAUCCGGGAACUGCCAUGGUCGGUCAGGGGUUCCGUCCCAAGACCCAAUCUGGAAGACCAGUAACUGGUACAGUGCGUCCAAUGACCCAAUCAGCUACUGCCCAGACAAUGGAGCAGGCACUGAGGACUCCGAGAACUGCAAUGUCCGCUAGACCUAUUACCACAGCUUCUGGAAGAGCUGUUAGAUUGGGAACUGCUUCAAUGGUGUCAGAGCCGGACAGCCCUUUCAUCCAACUCUCGAGAUUGAACAUCAGUAAAUACGCCAGUAAACCGGAAAUAGCAAAACCAUUGUUCGAGUAUAUUUAUUACCACGAGCAUGAUGCUAGAAGUGCCUUAGAUCUCGCAGUUCAAGCCACUCAGGCCUGUCAUUUCAAUGACUGGUGGUGGAAGGUUCAACUGGGAAAGUGUUAUUACACUUUAGGACUUGUCAGAGAUGCUGAACAACAGUUCAAGUCAGCGUUGAAGGAAUGUAAAACCGUCGAAACGAUGUUGAGGCUCAUUAGAGUAUACGUGAGGCUGGAUCAGCCCCUAGCAGCUCUCGAUCUGUGCAAACGGGGGCUCGAACACUAUCCGAGUGAUGUAACAAUCUUAACGGAAAUGGCUAGAGUCUUCGAGGGUCUCAACAGCAUGGUGAUGUCCGUGAAAUAUUAUAAAAUGGUGGCUCAAGAAGAUGCUGCGAAUACCGAGGCAAUUGCUAGUAUUGGAAUGCAUCAUUUUUAUAACGAUCAGCCUGAACUGGCCCUCAGAUAUUACAGGAGACUGCUACAAAUGGGGGUUUACAACGCAGAACUACUGAACAAUCUUGGACUUUGCUGUUUUUACUCCCAGCAAUACGAUCACACGAUUUCUUGUUUUGAAAGGGCUCUCAGUCUCUCCAACGACGAGAAUAUCGCUGAAGUUUGGUACAAUAUAUCUCACAUUGCUAUCUGCUUGGGGGAUCUGGUAAUGGCUGAAGAAUGUCUGAGAUUGUCAACGACGAUAGACAACCGCCACGCAAAUUCUUACAAUAAUCUUGGAGUUCUGGAAAUGAAGAAGGGAAAUGUCACAGCAGCGAGAACUUACUUCCACGCGGCGGCUAGUAUCGCUGGUUACAUGCAUGAACCACAUUUCAAUAGUUCUCUGCUAGCCUAUGAGGUAGGUGAUCUACAGACAAGUUACAUCGCAGUCCAGAAGUCGUUGUACGCCUACCCCAGCCACUGUGACAGCAAAGUAUUAUUCAAAAAACUAGAAAGACAUUUUUUUCACUCUUAAUUUAUUCGUAUGUAAUACGUUAUCAAUACCCUCUUUAUAAUACAUAAUUAUAAUUACUAUAUACAAUGUACAUGAAUACCAA